AUGAAACUUAAAUAUACACAAGGAUAUCGCGGUGAAUGGGAGCAAGAUCCCUCAUUUAAAAGUUGGUUAUGUAAAUCUAAGGUAAACACUACGAGUGCUCAUUGUAAAGCAUGCAACUGUGAAGUACUAAGUAGAGUGGCGUCUUUGAAAGAACACAUGGCCACAUCAAAGCAUAUAAAAAAUAUGAAAGGAUAUUCCGGCAUUUCUCAGAUUGAUACGAUUUUCAAAACAUCAACCAUUUCGGAAGAAGUAAAAAAAGCAGAAAUCAGCAUUGUAGCUGCCUUAGUUGAACAUAAUAUUGCUUUUCGCGUAAUGGAUCAUGUAAGCGAAGUUAUUUCAAGGGCAUUUCACGACUCCAAAAUCGCAAAACGUUUUUCCUGUAGAAGAACUAAAUCUGCCGCAAUUGCCUACAACGUCUUAGGCAAUAACUUCGAGGAAAAAAUGCUUGCAGAAUUACGUCCAAGACCAGAAAAUGAAACUGAGAGAAGCCCAGUAUUUUCGCUCAUUAUCGACGAGAGCACAGAUGUCAGUACUACCAAGUCAAUAGAUCCAAGUUCAAGAAUGCAUUUCCUUCCUAUACAAAACAUGUACCUGGGCACAAACGUAGCAAUGACAUUGGAAUCAUUAAAAGAUGAUGUCCGAAUGAGAUCUAAAAUUGAGGAAUUCCUUAACAGAUGUCAGUCAUUUUUGAUCGAGCUGAGUAACCAAUUUCUGCAAAGACUGCCUGUACAAGAUAAUUUUUUGCAGGAUUUGUCAUUCAUCGAUCCCCAAAAAGCGGUGUAUGGUGAAUUUCGAACUCUGAUAGGAAUACUCAAAAGGUUUCCUAACAUAGUUGCAACCGACAACAUGCAAAUUGUUGACAAUGAAUACAGGGAAUUAAAAUUAGAUGUUUCCGUGUCUAAUUUAUUGUCAACUUCUAGUUCGACAUCUGAAACUUUUAUGGUGGAUAAAUUUUGGAGCGAAGUCAGCCAAAUCUGUGAUGCGAAUAGCAAACCAAAGUAUGGCAAUUUGUCCCGAUUUGUGAAGCAAAUGACGAUGCUACCUUUGUCAAACGCCAAAGUAGAAAGAAUAUUUUCCGACAUUAAUAGGAUUAAAAAUCAAGAUCGAAAUCGAUUUAAUAAUAAGAAUGUUGCAGCAAUAAUGCAUGGAAAAGAGGGGCUACGACAGUUGGAAGGAGGAUGUAGCAGAUUUAAUCCUGACAGAAGUAUGAUCAAGUUAAUGGACUCAAAACAGCUUUAUGACAAUGUAACCCAACAAAAAAAUGAUGAAGAAUCUUAA